CGUGAUGACAUCCAGCCAGCUGUCUCUCCAGUCCCUCCGGGCGGCAAGUCAAGCCAAGGAGCUGGCGGACAAGAGAGCCGAGAUCCGGCGUAAGAGUCUGCUCAUCCUGGUGCACCACUACCUCGACCAAGAAGGGUUCCCCGACGCGGCCAAGUUCUCCGCAGGAAAGCCAAGCUCAUACACGGAACAUUUCAGCGUGUGUGACAAUGUCGACCUUUCCAAUAUCCUGCAGGACUACGAGGCCUGGUAUGUGGUCAAGAAAGUGAAUUACAGCAUAACUCUUAUACUCCCGCGCCUUUCCUUCCCCGGCGCCUUCUGCAGCACAGCGAUAACCCGCGGCUGGCCAAGCGGUGCUGGGGCCGCGUCCGAACGCCGAAGCCGCAACCGCUUGCAGGCCAUCCACGACCGGCAAACCGACGCCCCCCGCAAGCCCAAGAAGGAGCCCGCCCCACGAAAGGAAGAGCACCCUUCUUCAACCAGGGUCACACUCGUCUUCUCUAUCGUGGGAUCCCUAGACAGCCUCGACGAAGCCUGGCCAGCUACAGAUUUUGAUUGGGCCCCGCUGGUUGGCCGGCGUCUGUCCGGGAAUCUGCGAAGUCCUGGAGACGAGAAGAAGGACCCCUCGAAGUCCUCGUCGGACACGGACAGCGAGCGGGGCGUCGGCCUCGGACCCGUCAAGACCGGCAAAAUGCCGAGGCAAGUCCUCGACCUCAAGCAGAUGAUCAGCGAUUACACUCGCCUCGAGGACAACAUCGGCGACAUCGGGAAGGGACCGCGGACGCAGGCGCAGCUCAACCCCAAUCAAGGUCGAGAAGAGGAGGAGGAGGAGGAGGGCGGCGACCUCUGGGACGACAAGAGCGUGAAGCCCCCGAUCCCGAUGCCGCUCUUCACGGGGGAAUUCCGCGACCUCGCCAACAUCAUCCACAGGGAGAUCCUCGUCGAGAACCCCGAGGUGCACUGGUCGGACAUCCUGGGGGUUGAGGACGCCAAGAGGCUGGUCAAGGAGGCAGUCCGUCGGUACCCGCUCAAGUACCAGCUGUUCGUGGGCAGAUUCAAGCCGUGGCGGGGCAUACUGCUGUACGGACCGCCCGGCACAAGAAGUGCGAGGACGAUCUCCGAAAGGGCGCGCGGGGACUCGGAAAAACUCGCCAGGGUGCUGUUCGAGAUGGCGAGGUUCCACGCGCCCUCCACCAUCUUCGUGGACGAGGUGGACGCCCUGAUGGCGCGCGCGCAGGGCGAGCAGGAGCACGAGGCGUCGCGCCGCAUGAAGACCCAGCUCCUCGUCGAGCUCGACGGCCUCAAGUCCAACGACCACGUCUUCCUCCUCGCCGCCUCCAACGUGCCCUGGCAACUGGACCCGGCGAUGCUGCGGAGGCUGGAGAAGCGGAUCCUGGUGCCACUGCCAGGCAUGGAGGCGAGGGAGGCCAUGUUCAGGCACCAUCUGCCCGAGGUGAUCUCUGACCUCGCCGAGACAGGUCACGCCAUCAACACUGACCUCGAUUAUGAGAAGCUGGCCAAGGUCUCAGAAGGCUACAGCGGCUCCGACCUGCAGGUGGUCUGUCGUGAGCCGCCAUGGGAUGCCCUCAGGAAGGUGUUCAACGUCUUGGAGGAUCACUCAGUGAGGUCGGGAGAGCCGGGAGGGGAGGUGGAGGACUCGGAGCUUCCGGACCUGAAGCUGGACACGAUCAAGAUGGAGGACGUGGAGACGGCGCUUUCGCGGACCAAGCCGACGCAGAGCAACCACCAGCAGUACCUGGAGUGGCACGCCAAGUACGGGUCUGCGUAAGGCGGGGGCGUCGCUCCCCCUGCGCCCCCUCUUUCGUCGUCAGCGCCGCGGACUCAGGAGUUUUUUUGCAGAGUCCUGGACAGCCCGCCCUCUGCCCGCCCCUGGGAGGGACCGGCGCGAAGGCAGAGUGGAAUGCAAAGUCUCGGGAAUCGCGGUGGAAAAAGGAGCGGUUUCGGAAUUCUUUUAAGGAGGCUCCGAAAGCUCCUCUUUAAGAAGCUGAAAAAAGAACUGAAGUAUAGAGAAAAGAAGAUCAUAAGGACAAGAAGGGAUCAGACGAAGGAUGCAAAUCGAAGUCUGGAGGUUAAGAGCGCUUCCGAAACUCUUACGUGAAGGAUUCGAAAGCUUCUCUGUAUGAAGCUGAAAACGAAGCGAAGUAUAGAGAAGACAAGACUGAGAAAAGAAAAGAAAAGAAAAGGAAACGAUGAUAAAGAUAGAAAAAGGAACAAUAAGUGCUGAAACCGGUUUCUUCACCUCUUUCUUGUUCCUGAGCGAAUGGACAGCGCCCCCCCGAGCUGACUUCCCAUCGGCGUUCUGUCCCGUGGGCGUCACCGAGCCGAAACCUUUUUUAUUUCCCGCGAGAUAAGACGCCUGAUGGGGAGACGCACGUACUCAGACAAAACCUUACUGACUCCUGUGAAGUGUGGAUGAAGACUUUUGUAUUUGUAUACAGUUCAUUUAGAAUAGGACGUCUUUGUGUAGAGAGUGUAUGAGACUAUGCGUACUGGCGGAAAUUUCAAAUCGCCUUUUGGUAUGUAAAUAGGAGUCCAGGCCAGUUUAGUUUCUCGACGUUAGGUGAAUGCUUUCUAAAAUAGAAAGCUCUGUUCUUAAGUUCAUCAAGGACGGACGUUCAAGUUCUGCUGUCCUGUUGUCCAGAGUCGGGUUCUCGUACUCGAUAUGCCAUAAAAUGGAACUAAUUUUUUCUCCAACAUUUUUUUGUAAAUAAGAUCUUGAAAUAAAUAAUU